AUGUUAUGCGUCUUCGCUUUGUCCAGUAGUGACCGUAUGAAGAUGGAUGAAUGGAUAUCGGGGAAAUAUGUAACUGCAAACGUGCAAACUACGCCGCUAGGUAUUGGAUCGAUCAUGCGGCACAUUCCGAGAGAGAACGAAGACAAAUUGCAUCAGUUGAUCAUGGAGUUCUUUAUCGGUAAUGAGAUCUUAUACAAAAGGUGGCUUCGGUUCUAUAAUCCAGAUAGAUAUGCCUCAACCGGCCGAAGCUUGGAAUGUCCACCCAGUCCUAUAUAUUACGCAUCAAUUUGGGGUUUGCAACGAGAAACUGAACAAUUAGCACUAUUGGGUGCUGAUGUAAAUGCCAAGGGAGGGGACUUUGGUAUUCCUCUUCAAGCUGCUUCAUAUAAUGGACAUCGACAAAUUGUGGAGAUAUUAUUGAAGAAUGGUGCUGAUGUAGAUAACAGACUAGGAGAACUUGGAGAAUUUAGCAAUCCUCUCCAAGAUGCCUCGUUCCGAGGACAUCAGCAGAUUGUGGAAGUAUUAUCGAAGCAUGCUGCUGAUAUAAAUGCUACAAGAGGACGACGUGGAAAUCCUCUCCAUGCUGUUUCUUCUCAAGGCCAUCAGCAGAUAGUGAAAGUAUUAUUGCAGCAUGGUGCUGACAUAGACGGGAAAGGAGGAAGAUAUGCUAGUCCCCUCUCAGCUGCUUUAAUGGAAGGACAUCAGCCGGUUGUGGAAAUAAUAUUAAGACAUGGUGCUGAUCUUAAUUCUGUCAGCAGUCUGCGUGGCUGGACAGCCCUCCAUGUAGUCUCAUUCAUUGGCCAUAUGGAGGCAGUUAAGCUACUUCUUGAGAAAGGCGCAGAUAUUACCGUCAGGGAUCAUGAAGGGAGAACACCCUUGCAUCUUGCCAUGGAUAAAGGCCAUUUGGAGGUAGUUAAGCUGCUUCUUGAGAGGGGUGCAGAUAUCCCAGUCGGUCGUUAA